AUGAUGAAUAAAACACGACUUCUGCUGGCAGCGGAGUUCAAACAAAAGUCCCGCUGGUCGAACGUUUGGCCCAACAUGCAUUACGGUGCCAUGUACCUUAACUACAGUGUCGGACGAAAACUUCCAAUGAAAGGGGUAAAUUGGGUCACGCGGGACUCCAACCGUUUGAUCAACUUUGCAAAUCGAUAUCAGUCUGUUAUAGAUGACAUUGAUGUGAAGAAGAACGAAGAGGAACUUGGCAUUAAUAUGCAAGAUAUCCGCUGGAACGAUCACCGACGCAUUUACUGGAACUGCGCCUUCUGCGGAUCCUCCUAUCGUAAGAGUGUCAGUGUGCGCACAAAGUUUCAUGCGGGCUGCAACUUUUGCAAGGGCCGAUAUCCUUCCGAGGUGCUCCGCGAGCAGCAUGCGAGUCCAUCGCUCGCAGCCUCCGUCCCUGAGCUUGUAAGGCAGCUUACGGAGACUGACAAAGUGGAUAACCUGGGGUCGUUAGCGUGCACGAGCAAGUUUCGCGCAGAGUGGAAGUGUCAGGGCUGUGGUGGCUCCUACCGCGCGAGCGUGCGCAGUCGCACAGGCAACGUGGAGCGUGGUCAGUGCCCGCUGCAUCCAAAUAUUGUCGAUUGGUCAGCGUACUGUCCGUCGUGUGCAUGGAGGCCAAACAUGGUCCCUGUCGCGGAGGAAGUGCAACGCACUGGGCAGUUCCUUGGAUUAGAAGGAGUGUCGGGAAAAAAUGAACCACCACCACCGACGCGAAUUCCACGCCGCAAGAAGUUGGCUCUGUGA